UCAAUUUUUCAAAUCUGGACAAUUUUCUGCUCCAAAAUUUUGAAAAACCCUCUAUAAUGGAAGCUCUGCAAUUUCUGAACUGAAGAGAUUCAUCAGUUUUUCGUCUCUUUCGUAGCAUAGAAACACUACUAGAAACCGAAGGUUCCAGAAAAAUCGAGCUUUUUUUCUCUCUCUAUUUGUAUUUCAAAUUUAUGGUGUCAAAGUUGGGAACUUGCUGAAUGUAUAUGGAAGGAGAAUCAGCUAAAUAACAAAUUUAUGGUCUCUGAAGCACUGCAAUAGUCUUUCAUGGCUACCACACUUGCAUGUGCAUCAUCUCUGCCAUGGAUUUGGGUGAUUGAAGCAUUGGCAAGUUCCCGUGAGAUUGACACAUCUUUACUCAUCAAUUUGGUUAAGAAGACUCCUGCAAUCUCUGAUGAUCUGGGGAGAAAUGCAAGGGAAAUGGUUUCCUUGAGACUUUUAGAGAGCUUAUUUGUUCGGGAAAACUCAGAUGCAAAUAGUGUCGCUUCAGUUCCAGGUGACAAAGUUGAACUUGAUCCGUCAAGGGACUGCGAAGAUGUCCUUCGCUGCAUAUUGUUGGAGGUGUCUGCAUCAAAUCUAAAAACAGCUACUCCAGAUAUGUUAAAGUGGGAUGUUCUGUCGUUCAUUACGAAAAAGAGAUCUAUCUUGUCAAAGAGUCACUUGCAACAAUUUAAAGAUGCCAUUGUGAAAUCGACGACUCCUUUUUCCACUUCCUUGAAAGAAAGAAGUGGAUUGGAGUUGGGAAACCACUACAGAGACGGUGUUACUGCUGAUGCUAUUGAUUCUGAUGGCUUUAAGCAGGGACAUAAAAUAGGAGGUGUGAAUACCCGACAUGCUGCACCAACUGAGAACUUGGAUACUUUAAUACAGGGCAACAAGAAUGGCCUGCAAGAAAAUCAGCCUGGAAGCACUCUGCUGCCUGUUAAGAGAAGUUUUGAUGCCCCUACUGCUUAUGAAAUAGAAGUCAAUAAAACUAAAGCCAUACCAGAGAUAAGUUCUGAUCCAUGUGCAAAGGCAGCCAAAAAGUUUAAGCAGGAUGUUGCUGGUUUCAUUCAGAACACUGUUCCUGAUUUGAUAUCGUCUCAAAGAGGUGGAGUCCCAGCAGAAUCAUGUGGAGGAAGUCAAUCUAUUGUUCAAAAAAGGAACUCGGAAGGUGAUGGUACCCUCGAAGCAAAUGGAUGCCUGAAGGAUGGUAAAGCAAAGCAUGCUGGAUCAGCAAGUGUUUUAUGUGGCAUUGACUCUAGUAUCAAGGAUCUGUUGCCUCAAAGAAUGAGUUCAGACAAGAAGUUCAAAAAUAUUGGAAGUAGCAGCAAUUGUUGUCCUGAACAGGGAAUAUCAUGUGACUCAUCCCUGCGUGUGAUUCAGCAGGAUUCUCGCACUUGUGGCUCCAAAGGUGACCUGGAUUAUAAUCUUCCACGAGAUCUGCAAAAUGGCGAACCUUCUAAUGCAGACAAAGAGAAUAUUGAGCAAAGUCGUGAAUCUGAGUUCUCUAGUGAUACUGAUGAGUAUCACUAUGAGAGUACUGCUCUUGCUUCACGUAAAAAUGAUUUUUUGAACUUGCAAUACGCUCAGGGUGAAGAUUCUUUGGCAAUUAUUGACUGUACAGAGCUUAAUCUUUGUGUGAAGUGUAACAAGGGGGAAAAUUUAUUAGUUUGUAGUUCUGAUACUUGCUCUUUGGUGGUUCAUGAAAGUUGCUUGGUUUCUGCACCCAACUUUGAUUACAAAGGAAGCUUCUAUUGCCCCUUUUGUGCAUAUUCUCGAGCCAUUUCUGAGUACCUGGAAUGUAAGAAGAAGGUCUCACUUGCUAGGAAUGAUUUGGCUGCAUUUAUUGGCAUGGGAGCUGGAAAACAAUCAAAGAAUUCACUACCUAGGUCACAAGGAAUGAAGAAGCAUCAAUCUCGAGAGGGUAAGAAUUCAUUGAAUGAGGUCACAGAAGCAGGAAGUGCUCCAGCCGAUAGGAGUUCUGUCGGAGCUCAAGUCAUUCAAACCAGUGCUCCUAAACCAGAGCCUUCUCUACCCCGCAAUGAAAAAAUGAGGAAUUCAUUGAAUGAGGUCACAGAAGCAGGAAGUGCUCCAGCCGACAUGAGUUCUGUCAGAGCUCAAGUCAUGCAAACUGGUGCACCUCAACCAGGAACUUCUCUACCCCGCAAUGAUAGUGGGAGGAAUUCGUUGAAUGAGGUCAGAAAAGCAGGAAGUGCUCCAGCCGACAGGAGUUCUGUCGGAGCUCAACUCAUGCAAACCGGUUCACCUCAACCAGAGGCUUCUCUACCUGAACAAUGCUUAGUAGCUGGUCAACAACCCGACAAAUCACCUCUUAGAUGUCAGAGAUCAAGACAUAGAUCAAGACAGAAUCAGUCCAGAUCGGAAGAAGAAUUGUGUCAUGAUGAGAAUAGAAACAAAAAUUCUUUGGAGAAGGCUGAACCAGCAGGAAGUCAUAGAUCAAGACAGAAUCAGUCCAGAGAGGAAGAAGAAUUGUGUCAUGAUGAGAAUAGAAACAAAAAUUCUUUGGAGAAGGCUGAACCAGCAGGAAGUCAUCCAGUAACUAGAAAUUCUAUGCAUGCGGAGGUCACGCAGAUCCAUCCACCUCAACCACAUGUUCCUCAUGAACAUAUGUGCCAAGAAAGUUCUUCUAUAGAAGUAAGUUCUGAAGAAGAGCAAGAUGAGAUAGGUUCCAGAUACCAUGUACAAUUUAGGAAUCAAGAAAACAAUUCCUGUCCCUGGAUUCCUCAAAUGAGGAGGAAGAAGCUCCCAUGGACAAAAAUGGAGGAGGAAAUAUUAAAGGAGGGAUUACUACGAUUCUCACAUUUUCAUGAUAGAUGGAAGAGGAUUCUAGAAUUUGGAGGUGAUGUUUUCAUGAAAGGUAGGACAGCGGGGGACCUCAAAGAUAAGUGGAGAAACAUUAGCAAAGCAGACGAGAAAGCAACAUAAAGGUUUCUUUUUUAAAAUAGACUCUAUAUAUAUGUAUUGUUGUCUAAAAUUGUUGGGUGCUUUAUGUUGCUAAAGUCUCUUCGAUGGUAGUUUUUGUUAGAAUUUUUUUUGGAAUGAAUUAACGUAAGAAGCCAAAAUUAGAAGUUCCCAUGCAGCUUCUAGAAAAUAGCAUUUUGUCAUGAACUGUUCUCUAGGUAAAUUGUAGAAAUGUUUAAAUUCCUGCUUGUAAAUGUUCUGAAGAUUUAAUAACAACCUUGUUUAGCAAGUCUACCACAUUGUUUGAUCUUUUAUGAUGUCAAUGA